CUUGACGUAACUUUCCAAACUCACUCAAGUUAUUGAAACUUCGGUGAAAUUGACUAAACAAAGUAGACUUCUUGUCACAUUGUUCUUGCUCAACAGUUGACGUUAUCUUGAACUUUAUUUUUGGUUCGGGUGAUGUUACUGAAACCCUCCACUGGCUCUUGAAAAGUUUCCGAUGUCACAAAGGCUAGCAACAUUGAUUGGGGCAAGAUGAACUUGACGUCUCAGACCUGUAGUAGGAGACGGCGGCUCCAAAGAUUGCAGUCUUGAUUGUUAUAAGAAACUAAACACGGCUUUUAAGUUAGUGAGUAACGUUAGAAGUUACCGUAAGGUCGUUUGUUGAUCACAACAUAUAGAGAGGGGUGAUACUAGCAAAAGCAAGCGAAGUAUUUGUUUAACCUCAAGAGUAGAGUACUCACUUUAGAACUUAGUUUAAGUUAGAUCAAACUUAUAUAAUCACACAACAGGUAUGAAUGAAUGAAAGUACUGAAAAGGUAAAUUUAGAGGUGGACGUUUAAAAUUUGUCUCCCUCUCUAAAAUGUAACAGUCCAAAGUACCCAAGGACAGGGGUCACGGGUUAGAACUCAACACGCGCUGUGCAGUGGGAAAGUUCAGAACUUUUUCGGGGGGAAAACUGGCUCGCCACCUCGAAGAGAUUGCCCUGAACACCACAAGGAGAUGAUGUCCCUCAUGAUAACACCCUGGCAACACGUGGAGAGAUGCUACGCAGUACCGGAGCUGAGGGAAAAUGUUUCUAGUACACGAUGUAGAAACAAGGACGACUCUGUUAGGCGCUGUGUGGGGAGGGGGGCGUGUCUGUUUUCUAUCGGCGAGGCUGAUGACAGGAUGUUUCUCUCAAUAACAAUUCUUUGGCAGUAUCGAUAGAUAGCGGAUAGGACACUUGUAUCCAUAAAAAUAUUUUUGUGUGUGUUAUAAUGACUGGAUGUUCCAGUCAAGACGAUUUUUUGGCCAUUUUGCCUGGAUGUUUCUUUGAUAAUUCUACGAAUAACAGUCCACUUCAUCAUGUGAUCAACCCUAACCCUACAGUGUAAUCCUGUAAUGGUGCAGAUAUAAGACUUUCAUUACUUCCUAAGGUUCAAUAUUUUAGAAGUUGAUAAAGAAUGGAUGCUAAAGAUAACGAUGUUAACGUUUGGUUAAUAAAGAUUUUAAAAGACCUGGCUUGGGUUGAACCUGUGAACCCAAAAUCCUACGGUGAUCACUGUUACCAAUUGAGCUAUUACACUGAUUCUUUAAUCAGAUGUUUACCUAUUUAAGCUUUGAUUUCUGCAGUUCCUGUCAAGUACAGUAAAUGCAUUUAAGUUUGCAGGGAUUUAAUUUUGCGGUAGCCGGAAAAAGGACUUUUCCGAAGUUUUCGCAUGGUUUUAAGUUUGAACCAUGCACUGUAGUCUCAUAUUGCCAUGGAAAAAUGUUCAUGGUGGUUUCAAGUUCGUGGUGAAGCGGCCACCACAAAAACCGCGAACAUGAAACCACCGCGAAAGUUUCUGCAUUUACAGUAAUUUGUAGUUUGUACUAUUUAGAGAAACAUCUUGCCUUUUUAUAACCCCUUUUUUUAUCUGUCCGUAGCUGUAUGCCCUUGUAUUCUUGUGAUCAAAUUUUUUCUAUUUCGUUGUAGUUGAUUCAUUGAACCAUGGAUACAGUCAGCAAAAUGAGGAAGGCCCAGUCAGAGGCCGGACGCUCGAGCUUGCCCCGCGUCCCCGCCUCUCGACCGGCUGGGUACAGCGAGCAGUGGAGGAAGGGCAUCAGUUUCUCCAGGUUCUGGAAGAGGGUGCCCCUGGUGGCACAGUCAGCGGAGCUGAUGAGUGGAGCUGGAGAUAGGACUAAAGAUGGGAAGGCCAAGCCAAGCCCUGCUGAGCAGACCAAUGUGAAGACAGUUGAGAAGGAGGUGUUCUAUGAUGCCUCGGAUGAGGUCAUCGAGGAUGCGUACUAUGAUGCGCAGGAGUUUUUCGAUAAGACCACCGAGCUGCGAUCAUCCCCUGACCAGAGGCGGCUGUCUCUGAACCACGUGCCCAGCAUGAGCGACUACAUCUCCUUGAAGCCACAUGAGAAGCUUGCCAGCGUUGUGCCGAUUAAGAAAGGCAGCGAGGCACAGGGUGAUGUGUUGGCCUCCCUAGUGCAGAGGAGGAAGGAGAUGAAGAAAGUGGACAAGGCCAGCAGUGGACUCUAUAAGGAGCUGCUUAGGCUGGAAAAGAAAAACGCAAAGGUGCUGCGCAAGCACAAGAGGGUGAUGGAUAAGGUCAAGUGGACACAGGUCCAGAUUCGGGCGCCCAUUGCAGGAGGAUGCCGUGAUCACGUCAGGGUCCCCAAAACUGUGGUUGGUACUGACAAGAAGAUGGCUGCUGGUGAUGACGUCACCGUGAUGGAGACCGUGAGCACGAGCUCAGUCGGCUCCCAGGACGCUGUCUCCGGCAUGUCUGUCUCGGCACGCGAGAAGAACGCCGCAAUGCCGACUGCCGCCAUGAGCGACCUGUCCUAUGUCCUGAGGCCAGAGGACCUGGAGAAGAAAGGGAAGGAGAGUGAUGUUGAUGGGGAGCCAGCUGUGGUUGAUGUGGCAGAUGUGGCAGCAGGUGAUGACAUCGCCGUGAAGGAAACGGUGAGCACGAGCUUGGUCUACCCCAAGGAUGCCGUGUCUGGCCUGUACGUCGAUGCUGCAAAGCUGGCAACUCCUGCCAUGAGCGACCUGUCUUAUGUCAUCUAUGAAGGGCCAGAGAACCUGGAGAAGAACAAGAAGGACAGUGAUGUUGCUAGGGAGUUUGCUGUGGUUGAUGCAGAGAAGGAUGCGGCUGCAGGUGAUGACAUCACAGCGAUGGAAACGCGUACGGUGAGCACGAGCUUGGUCCACUCGGAGGAUGCUGUGUCUGGCUUGUCCGUCGCCGCUGAGAAGCUUGCAACUCCCGCCGUGAGCGACCUGUCAUACAUCAUCUACGAGGGGCCAGAUGAGCUGGAGAAGAAGGAGAUGGAGGGCGAUAUUGCUUGGGAUGUGGGCAUGGGCGUGGCUGACGAUGCCAACACCUGGAUGGAGACGGCCAGCACCCGUUCACUCUGCUCUCUGGAUGCCAUCUCCAACAUGACUGAUGCAUCUUGCGUCGCCGAGGAGAGGACUGCAGCGGACGCUGCAUGCAUGCUGGCAGUGGCCACCUCUAAGACAGGACACUCCUCUGAGCUGGGAGUUGCCAUGGAGGCCACAGCGGUGACUGACAAGCAGCAGGCAGAGCUGUUGCUGCUGGAGAGGACCCUGGAGGGCGGUCUCGACAUCUCCGGUCUUGACAACACGGAGCCUGCUCAGGGCGGCGCCGAGAAGAAGCACGGAAAGUACUGCAGGGCAAAGAAGUGGGUUCGCUCCAAGCUCAGAAAGGGCUGGAGGAGUCUGACCCGCCGCGCUGGCUAGGGAGGGACACUGACCUUAAGAUAUCUAUACAGGAAUAUUAAUGUUAAUAAUGUGGUGGAUAAGUUCUGAAAGCUUGCAGUAGAUGGGUUAGGGGAUGAAAAUUGCUCUGAAACAUCCUUUAACCUAGGGGCAGCAGAGCAAUGAAGAAUUUUAAGUUCUCAACCCUUGUAAAUAAUGGUCUUGUGCCAUUCUGGCAAGCUCAGCAUUUUGGUCUCUCAGGUUAACACACGAUAGGUUUGGCACCCUCACAGCUUUUUGCCUUACCCAAUUGUGUGAUAUUGUACCCUCUGAAACAUGGUAUGGGAAAAAACUGUAUCUAUGGUAGGUGUGAACCAUGGGUUUGAAUAGCAUGUAGUUUCAAUAUUUAUCCCUCAGGGGACAAAAUGGUUGAAACUGUCCGUAUUGAGUGUCAAAACACUACCCAGGGAUGGAAGGGCAGACACUGGAGUCACUGGUUAAGCCCAGAUC